AUGACAGCGCACAGACCGACAGAUGAGCGGCCUGUUCGGCCACAACCGCAUCGCUUGAUCCGCGGUGCACAGUCCUCCUCUUCCAUUCUUGUGAAUAGCUGCCAGAGAGGCAAUCCGGUUCUACAGCAUAUCAAGGGCGUCGCCUGGGAAUAUGCAGACAUUGUACCUGACUACCAAGUCGGCAUCUCCAAUGGGGUGCUGUUCCUGAGUCUAAGGUAUCAUCGCCUGCACCCAGAGUACAUUCACAUGCGCAUCCAGCGAUUAGCGCACAUGUACACGCUCCGCAUACUACUCGUAGUGUGUGAUGUGAAUGACCAUCAACCAGCGAUCCGCGAACUAACUAAAGUUGCGCUUGUAAACCAGAUCGUGAUGAUCGUGGCUUGGAGCGCUGAGGAAGCUGCCCAUUACUUGGAGAUCUACAAAGCCUUCGAGCAAAAACCACCUGAUAUGAUUCGCGCGAAAGUUGGUGAUGAUAGUCUGAGCGUACUUCAGUCUGUCUUGACAAAUGUGCGUGGCAUCAACAAAACUGAUGUCCUGACCCUUUCAACCCGUUAUCAUACCUUCCGUGAUAUUGUUCAUGAAUCGUCAGAAAAUCUGUUCAUGCUUCCAGGCAUGGGUGACACAAAGGCACGCAACCUAACGCGCGCCUUUCGGCAACCUUUUCGCACGGACGCGCCGCGGUCAUAUUCUGAUACUGAUGCGCCUGUGCCUCUCUCCGAACAUUCAAAAGCAUUUGAGACCGAAACCCCUUCGAACGCUGCGCGGCCCAGUGGCCUAGAUUCUCUACCUGAAAACUUCGAGUCACUUCCAGAGGAAGAACAGCUCCGUAUCGCUAUGCAGCUAAGCAUGGAAUAG